GUGUGAACCAAUUUGUGAGAAAGAUAAUCGCUGUUUGUUAUUGUGCAGUUGUUGUGAUUUAUGUGCUCUCAAAUAUUUCAUAACAUUAACAGGAUGUCUCAAGGAAAAGUUGUUUUGUUAGCUUGUGGCAGUUUUAGCCCUCCGACUUAUAUGCAUUUACGCAUGUUUGAAAUAGCCAGAGACUACCUGCACUCUACGGGGACAGCUACAGUUGUGGGUGGUGUAGUGUCUCCGGUGCAUGACGCAUACGGCAAGAAAGACCUAGUGGCAGCCCAUCACAGGAUCUCUAUGCUACAGUUGGCUUUGCGGUCAUCAUCAUGGAUCAAAGUUUCGGAAUGGGAGACCCAACAAUCUGGAUGGACAAGGACAAGAAACUCUAUGCAAUAUCAUCAAGACACAAUCAAUGGGCACAUUUUGUCACUGGAACCAGAUCCUCCUUCGUGGCUACCGGACGAUGUGCUGAAUGUGAACAGCAUCGAUGAACCGGACAACUUGAUGGAUAGAUUGAAUAACAGUGAUUCAAGCAAGGUGACAGUAAAGCUGCUGUGUGGAGCCGACCUGCUGGAGUCGUUUGCCACUCCGGGCCUGUGGUCAGAUGAGGAUAUGGAGGCGAUAGUGGGCCGUCAUGGGUUGGUGGUGGUGACGCGAGCGGGCAGCGACCCCGGCAAGUUUGUGUACGACUCGGACAUACUCUACAAACAUAGGAAUAAUGUGAUUCUAGUCAGCAAUUAUAUAGUGAACGACGUAAGUUCUACGGUUUUAAGGCGGCUGAUGCGGCGUGGAGAAAGCGCCAAAUACUUGACAGACGACGCUGUACUGGCUUACAUAAAGCAUCACAGACUGUACGGAGCCACGCCUAAUAAAAUUGAGUAUAACAUCCUCAACGAUAUUCUCGUCAACUACGGCAAACGUUCACCGCAAGACGUCAUAAUGGCGUCCCCUGAUGAAACCAGUUAUAAAAACAUCCUAAUUUCCAUAAAAGACAGACCUUCCAUAGUAGACGAAACUGUUACUGUGAAAAGAGCAAGGAAGACCAAUUUCCUUAUGCCCAACACCCAUACAGACACGAUUAGCCCACUUUCCGAUACUAUAAAACCGAAAAUGGCUUACGUAGACAAGGUGCCAGCGAGUUAUGUGCCCGGUAAAGCCGUCAAAAUCGUCAGCGAUUCGACUCAGCACGCCAUCAAAGACGACAAGGGAGGCGGUUGCGCGCUGUAGCUGACGUGUUGCGCGCGCAGGGACUCUAAAGCGGUGUAGCCGUGAGCGCGCGACAUACAAAACCUAUCCUUACUUAAUGCCCUACUCGGAGACUUCAAUCAACUUUAAAGUCUGAUUAAU